AUGGGGAGGUGUGAGAAGGAGGAGCUGGAACUUUUUGCUAGCCAGACAGAUUUUGCUACGGGGAAAUACGAGAAAGAAACGGAAGAACCCACAUUGCCCCUUAAGAGCAUCAUGUGGCAGCCACCCUCACGACAUAUGAUCAAGGUGAAUUGGGACACUGCUGUCUCCAAGAAAAACGGAUGUGUGGGUUGGGGAUCAUUGCUAGAGAUUUUAUGGAAAAGUUUCCAAUCUGCAAGAAUUCCCACUUCUGCAAUUGAGUCAGAUCGCUUGACGUUGCUUGACUUGAAGAAACGGAUUAGUGAAGACCCACUUCAAAUCAUGAGCUCAUGGAAUGACUCCACCCAUUUCUGUAAUUGGUUUGGUGUCACAUGCAACCCCUCCACUAAAAGAGUCAUCAUUCUGAACCUGCAAGCUCAAAGAUUGGCUGGCACCUUAACACCUUCUAUGGGAAAUCUUACUUACCUUACUGGAAUCAUCCUAGGAAACAACAGCUUCUAUGGUGAAAUUCCUCAGGAAUUGGGAAGGCUAGGACGCCUGCAGAAUCUCAACUUGAGCAGGAAUUCCUUUGGUGGGAACCUUCCAAGUAAUCUAAGUCAUUGUACACAACUUAGAGUACUUGAUGCGAACAACCUUACAGGAAGUAUCCCAACGUGGAUAGGAAACUUUUCUUCUUUGUUUGUUCUUUCCCUUAUCCAGAACAAUCUACAAGGGAGCAUACCUAGUGAGCUUGGCCGACUAUCAGGCUUGGGAUUUUUUAGUCUUGCUAUGAAUAAUCUGUCUGGUACUAUCUCUCCUCUGAUUUAUAAUAUAUCUUCCAUAUACCAUUUCUCUGUUAUUCAAAACCAACUGCAUGGAAGCCUUCCACCAGAUGUUGGCCUUACUCUUCCUAACCUUGAAUUAUUUGCCGGUGGUGUUAAUAGCUUCACAGGACCUAUUCCCGUGUCAUUGUCAAAUGCUUCUAGACUUAAGGAACUUAAAUUCAGUUAUAAUGAUCUCACUGGGACGGUGCCUCAAAAUCUAGCAAGUUUGCAAGGCUUGGUUAAACUUAAUUUCUUUCACAAUAGACUUGGAAAUGGGAAAGUUGGUGACCUGAAUUUUCUCGAUUUUUUGGCUAACUGUACUAGUUUGAAGGUCUUGCGUCUUGGUUAUAAUCAACUUGGUGGAGUACUACCCAGCUCCAUAGCCAACCUUUCCUCCCAGCUGAAUUUGCUUACUUUGGGUGGAAAUAUAAUACAUGGAGGAAUACCCAUUGGGAUUGGAAACCUUGUUAACUUGACCAGUCUGGGAUUAGAAAGCAACUAUUUGGGUGGUCAUCUCCCGAAUGCUCUUGGGAAGCUGCAGCAGUUAAGGAUACUAGGUUUGAACAAGAACAAUUUUUUAGGGCCGAUCCCUUUCUCCUUAGGUAACUUAACUAAAUUGACAAUACUCCAUAUGAAUACAAACAGAUUUGAAGGAAGUAUACCCCCAAGCCUAGGAAACUGCCAAAAUUUGCUUCAUCUAACCCUUGAUAGUAACAAUCUCAAUGGUACAAUACCAAAAGAGGUUAUUGGUCUUUCUUCCCUUUCGAUUUCUUUGGACAUGUCUCAUAAUUUUUUGACAGGAACACUACCAUUUGAAGUGAGUAACUUAAAAAAUCUUGCAAAUUUAGAUCUCUCGAAGAAUAAAUUAACUGGUGAAAUUCCUACUUCCCUUGGUAGUUGUACUAGUUUGGUGAGUUUGCAUUUGGAGGAUAAUGCCUUUGAAGGAGUAAUUCCUACAUCUUUGAAGACACUAAGAGGUUUAGAAGAAAUUGAUCUUUCUCACAAUAACUUGUCAGGACAGAUUCCUGAAUUUCUUGGCAAGUUUUUGUCACUUAAGCAUCUCAAUCUUUCUCAUAAUAAUCUCGAGGGAAAAGUGCCAAGUGAAUGGAUUUUUUCAAAUGUAAGUGCUAUUUCAAUCUUUGGAAAUGACAAGUUGUGUGGUGGUAUCCCAGAAUUACUUUUACCAAAAUGCUACACAAAGAGUCCACGCUCAUUCGUGAAACACCUUGCACUCAAAGUAGUAAUUCUUCUCAUAUUGGUACUUGCUCUAUUGUGUUUUUUCCUCACAUGUUGUAUGGUUAAAAAAUGGAGAAAGAGGCCUUUGGCCACAUCUUCCUUAAAGGAUUGGCGAUUAGCAUCUAUAUCUUACGCAGAACUCCAUGCAUCAACUAAUGGUUUCUCUGUAGACAAUUUGAUCGGUUCUGGUAGUUUUGGUUCUGUAUACAAAGGAGUUCUUUCUAGCAAUGGAGCAAUUGUUGCAGUUAAAGUGUUAAACCUUCAACUGCGAGGUGCUUCCAAGAGUUUCAUAAAUGAAUGUAAUGCUUUGAGAAGUUUACGCCAUCGUAAUCUUUGUAAGAUUAUAACUGCUUGCUCAAGCAUUGAUCAUCAAGGGAAUGACUUUAAGAGCCUAGUUUUUGAGUUUAUGUCUAAUGGAAGCCUAGACCAAUGGUUGCAUCCUAUAGAGGAUGAGCAACAUCGAUGCAAGAGAUUGAGCUUUAUUCAGAGAUUGACAAUUGCCACAGAUAUUGCUUAUGCAUUGGAAUAUCUUCAUCUCCAUUGCCACAUGCCGAUUGUUCACUGCGAUGUAAAGCCAAGCAAUGUCCUCCUCAAUGAGGAUAUGGUAGCCCAUGUUGGCGACUUUGGAUUAGCAAAGUUUGUCUUUGAAGCAUCACAUAAUCUCUCCAAAAAUCAAUCUAUGCCAGACUGCUUGUCAAGUGUGCUGAAGGGUUCCUUUGGGUACAUUCCUCCAGAGUAUGGGAUGGGUGGCCAAGUUUCCGUACUUGGAGACAUUUACAGCUAUGGGGUACUCUUGCUCGAGAUGUUCAUUGGGAAAAGACCUACCGAUGACAUGUUCAAAGAUGGUUUGAGCAUUCACAUGUUUACUGCAAUGGCUUUGCCAGAACGUGUCAUGGAUAUAGUAGACUCGUCAAUGCCCCUUGAAGAAGAUGAAGAAGCUGCUCAUGAUGAGACAAAUAACGAUGGCAUAGAAGAAAGCGCAAUAAUUGAAGAAGUUGAUUGUCAUUUCAAUGUCAAAAGCAGAGUAGAGGAUUACUUGGUCUCAGUUUUGCAGAUUGGAUUGCUAUGCUCUACAACAUCACCUUGUGAGCGGAUGCCCACAAAUGACGUUGUCUCCAAACUAAGUGCAAUUAGAGACGCAUUUCUUAGAUUUAAGAAUGAGAUCAGACUCCAAUUCGCCGACUAUGAGCAGCAUAUGCUGAAGACUUCCAACGUGGAGGAGGAAGGCCAGUACCCAUAG